GUUCCCUUUACUUGUAGUCUCCUUUUUUUUGUUGUCUCUUGUGAUUUCAAGUAAUUCCAUCUUUCCAGAAAACAACAAUCAGUGAAGAUGGAAUUUGUUUUAACUAAAAUUAAUCAUCAACCUUUAAAUUGGUUUUACAAGUGAAUAGGUUUAUAAUUAGCUAAAUUGUAUUGUUAAAUUGUCUGAGCGUGUUCCUUUUUUAUAUUGCUUUGUGUACAACUCAUCCCGUUCGUAUUACAUGGUGAUCAUUUUGUGUGUAUAACUAACAUCAGUCAUUAAUUAUUAAGAGUAAAAAAUUAUCUUCCAUCAAGCUACCACCGAAGAGCCAAUUGGAAAACCAUGAUUGCUGUGUUAAUCAUGGAUCUGUUGAUGCAUUUAAACCUUGUAUAUAAAAUAGACUAAUGAAAUAAGGUCGAUUCUAUGGUAUUCAUCAAUCAACAAUCGUUAAUCAAGGCUAGAAAGGAUAAAUUUAAUGUGAUUAUUUUACGUCUUCUCUGUAUUAAUGUCUCUCACCAUGCGUCUACUUUUGUUUACCCCACAUAUGUAUUACAGGUUUACUAUAUUGGAUCAAACAUUGAACAUCAAACUUGUCUCGCUCUCAGAAAUGUACACAAUUAUCUCAACAAUGGUUUUAAUGACAAACCAAAGUUUAUUUAGAUUUUAGUUUUGUGCCAUAAUUCUCAAUCGUCAUCGUAUCUCAAUCUCAUCCUGAGAAAUUUUUUUCCAUCAAACAACUUUCAUCACAACUCACGUGUUCUCCACUUAUUGGUAACAACUCUGAAAUAAAGAAACAUAAAUUAAAAAACUGUGCUAAAGUGAAUCAUUGUGUACUCCAACAAUGCUCCAUCUACGAAAAAAAGAAAACUUCUCUAAUUAUUAGACUAGAUAAUUCCAGCUUCAAUUAUUGUGAUCUCAAUUUUUGCUGUAAAACAAAAAGAAAGCAAGAAACGUGAAACAUGAGUGUAAACUCUGUAUUUCGAGAAAGGAUUCCCCGUGCAAUUGAGGAGAUGGAGGAAAAGUUAGAACAAUUUAUUAAUGACAACAGAGAGUUAAUUCCUGAGUUGGUUAAUGAUGCAGUUACGAGUUUUGUACAUCAUCAAGUUAUUGAGAUGGCUAAAGAUUGUCUACAGAAAUCUAAAGAGAAACAGCUUGUCUCUCAGCAUUUUUAUGAAAUGUCAGAGAAUCUUGAAAGAUUAAUGCAAGAGUGCCAAGAGAAGUCAAAUAUUGCUGCACACCAUCUCAAGAAAUUGAUUCGUAAACUCAUGGUCAUUGUUUCUAGACCAGCUCGCCUUCUUGAAUUUUUGAAAAAUGAAUCUGAACAUAAAUCCGAACGACCUGUAGAAACCGAUGGUACUCGGUCUAAGACAUUAAUGGAACUAAAGCAACAACUCCCUUCUUAUAUUGGAACCAAAUUGGGUAUAAACAGAAAUUCAUUUUUAAAUCUUGUAAAUGAUAAUGAUGGUGAAAAUGAUCAAGAUGACGAUGAUAAAGAUAACGAAAACCGUAAAUCUGAAAAAGAAGUCGUUUUUGAAUCUCCAGUGAAGCAACCCUGCGAAGAAGACUACGAAACAAUUAAAUUAAUUAGCAAUGGGGCUUAUGGAGGGGUCUAUUUGGUUCGUCAUAAGGAAAGUCGUCAAAAAUUUGCCAUGAAAAAGAUUGACAAACAAAGCUUAAUCUUACGCAAUCAAGUUGAGCAAGCUUUUGCUGAAAGGGACAUCAUGAGUUUUACAGACAAUCCAUUUGUUGUUAGUUUAUAUUGUAGCUUUGAAACUAAGCGAUAUCUCUGUCUUGUUAUGGAAUAUGUUGAAGGAGGUGAUUUGGCGACUCUUCUCAAGAACAUGGGACCUCUGCCAGUUGAUCUAGCUAGGUUUUAUUUCGCUGAGACUGUACUUGCUGUUGAAUAUCUUCAUAGUUAUGGAAUAGUUCAUCGAGAUCUUAAGCCAGAAAAUCUUCUCAUCACAGCCUUGGGUCACAUCAAGUUAACUGACUUUGGAUUAUCUAAGAUUGGUUUAAUGAACUUAGCAACCAAUAUUUGUGAAGAGCAUUUAAGUAAAAAAGAUACGAAAGAAUUUCUCGAUAAACAAGUCUGUGGAACUCCAGAAUAUAUUGCUCCUGAGGUAAUAUCCCGUCAAGGUUACGGUAAACCUGUUGAUUGGUGGUCUAUGGGCAUUAUAUUGUACGAAUUACUCAUCGGUUGUGUACCAUUUUUCGGUGAAACUCCUGAAGAGCUUUUUGCUCAUGUGAUAAAUGAUGAGAUUACAUGGCCAGACGAGGAAGAUUGGUCUUUACCAGAGGAUGCAAAAGAUUUAAUCUCAAAACUUUUAAAGCAACAUCCCAUCGAAAGAUUAGGAACUGUAGGUGCUCAUGAGGUUAAAGAACAUUCAUUCUUUGAUGGUAUCAAUUGGGAUGAUUUACUUCGCCAAAAGGCUGAAUUUGUGCCUCAAUUGGAUAAUGAUGAAGACACUAGUUACUUUGAUACCCGACUUGAUAGGUAUAAUCACGAGAUCGAUGAUUCAGAGGAACAAGAUGAUACUGACGAAAGCUCAAGUUCGAUGUUCAGCAGUUUUUCUUCGUGUUCACCUAAAUACCACCGAGUUUAUUCUCGAAUAGAGCAAGAGUUGGCUCAAGAAAAGCUGAUGAAGUCAUCUUCAACUUCCUCUAUUUUGGAUGAAAAUGUUCAAACUCCUUGUUUAAAUGAAUCCUUACCACCAAUUUUGAAUGGUUCAGUAGCAAGUGAAGUACAAGUGUCAUCAGAGAAACGUGAAUCUAAUGAAGUUAAAUCAACGGAAAGUUUAACCGCAUCUGAAGAUAAUGAAUCAACUGUUGAUUUAGAAAAACCUCAAGCCCUGCAACACAGCACGCCUGAAUUAUCUCAAACUGAGUCAGAAGACUUUUCUCCUAAAGUUACUAGAAGAAGGAAACCAUUCAUGAAUAUAAAAUUAUCAUGUAUACCACGGUUUUCCAUCAGUGGUGAUAGUGAUGACAGAAAAAAUGAUUCUAAAAUCAAUGAAUCCAAACAGAAUGAGUCUAAUAAUCAGGUUAAAUCAUCUUCAAAGGAAACUAAUGAAGGAAAAGACUGUACUGAUAGUGGUACAAGUGUUGGUGCAAAUGGAAGCUCUGGUAGCAGUAAUAGUAGUAAUAGUAGUCAAAAACCGUCAAAAUCUCAAAUCCCUAGAUCAUCUCAUUUCCCUGUACAGUUAAAUGCGUUAAAAAAUAAUACCAAAGGAAGAGCUGUGAUUAAAUCAGCCUCAGCUACGGGCCUCUCUCUCAUGAUACCAACAGAGGAUGUUAAGAAUAAAGCUUGUUCUAUCACUUCAUCGGGGGGUUCAAGUACCAGUUCCCGUGAUACCUCACCCAAUCGUGAGCUUGCUGGUCCUUUGGGCCAUUCACUAAAGCCACCGAUAAUUAUCCGUAAAGGUCCAAGAGGAUUUGGCUUUACUUUAAGGGCAAUCAGAGUGUAUUACGGUGAUUCCGAUCUUUAUACUGUUCAUCAUCUGGUACUUGCCGUUGAAAACAAUAGUCCCGCAUUUGAAGCUGGACUCAGACCAAACGCUUUGAUUACUCAUAUCAAUGGUGAACCUAUUCAAGGUCUCCUUCAUCAUCAGGUUCUUCAGCUUGUUCUUUCAGGUGGUGAUAAGAUAAAUAUAAGAACAACUCCACUGGAAAAUACAUCAAUCAAAACUGGAGGUCGUCGUCGACAUCCAUCUUCAGGUCGUAUGACUCGCCGUCCUAAUUUGAUGAGUCAUAAAAAAAAUGCUCCUAUUAAAAGGACUGAUUCUGAUAAACGUCGACGUUCAUCGCUUUUACGCAAAUUAAGCUCCAAACGGGCCAGUGCUGAAAUUCAACAAUUAAUGGCAUGUGGUGGAGCUGGUGCCUCUGGUGUUACAGGUGGCAUAUCCCCUCCAUUACUUACUCCUAGUCGAAGCUAUCAAUCAUUAAAUCGUGCAUCUGGUAAUAAUAUCACUUCUCAUGAUGGAACUGUUGAUUUACCUCCAACCGCGUCCUCAACAGCAACCCCAACUUCCUCAUCUGCUAUACCUCGCUUUCCAAGAUCUCCUCCACCUAAUCGUCUUCACUGUUCUCCAUCCGAUUCAUCGGCUGCCAAUUCUUCUCAAAGCAGCUCACCAAGCUCAAGUGUACCUAAUUCACCGGCAUCAUUAAGUCAUUUUCCCCAUUUUCCUCGUCCCAGCACAUUAUCUGGUCUAAAACAGCACAAACAAGUUAAAUCAUUUCGGUCACCACGCCGUAAAUCAUGUGGUCACAUACCUUUAUCACCUCUUGCACGCACACCGUCACCAUCCAUCCAACCUGUUUCCACCAGCUCACCCACUCGUUCAAAUUGUUCAUCAUCAGCUUUUCCAGGAGUCCAUCAGGUUGGCUCCUCAUCGACAAUCCAGUCGUUUAUUGUUCACAAAAAUAAAUUAACUGACUCAUCAUCCACUACAACCCCUACUCAACCACCACCUACACCAACAUUGUCACCCUGCAUUACUGCAUCAGGUUCCAAAUGCUUCUCAAGACCUAAAAGCGCUGAACCAAGUUCACCGUUGCUGAGAAGAGCGUUAUCUCCAGAUCGUUUAUUGAUUAAACGUAACACUGAUCCAAAUAAGGCUUCUGGUACAAUGAAACACAAAAGGCAUUCCUUAGGAGGUCCAGUCUCCUCACCUUUAGCGAUAUCCUCCUUACCACCGUCUAACCCAACUAAAUUCAGUCAAAAUGUGAAUACGAAAAAUACUUGAUCAUUCAUUCAAUUACAAGUUCAAUCGAUCAGAUAAACACUUUUUUAAUCAUAAAGAGAUCAAACUCGUAUUUUGAACUGUAAGUUAAAGUAGGGGUGAGAUACUAGGAAAGGAUUCUCUUGGUUUCAUAAUAAGUUAAUCGAUAUCAUUGAUUGAAAAUUUGAUUGGAAUAAAACCUGAUCACUUGUAACUGGUUCUUUUUUUGUUGUAUAAUAUUGGAUACAAUCAUCAACGUGCUCCGAUAAAAUUGAAUUAAUCAAAACUAUUUCUGUGAUGAUCAGAAACAGCUAAAUAAAUAAUUGUUUACUUCAUCAAGAAA